GAUUGGAACACCUGAAUCACAUGAUAUGGAGGGGAUUGGAACACCUGAAUCACAUGAUUGGGAGGGGAUUGGAACACCUGAAUCACAUGAUUGGGAGGGGAUUGGAACACCUGAAUCACAUGAUUGGGAGGGGAUUGGAACACCUGAAUCACAUGAUUGGGAGGGGAUUGGAACACCGGAAUCACAUGAUAUGAAGGGGAUUGAAACACCUGAAUCACAUGAUAUGAAGGGGAUUGAAACACCUGAAUCACAUGAUAUGGAGGGGAUUGAAACACCU